CCAAUAUCAAACGUUGAUUCCAUAUUACAGAUCUAAGCUAGAUCUUCUAUCUUCCCUAGUCCCCGUAAAAAUGGGCAUCUCAUCUUACCAUUCAAAUGGUCAAAGACCACUCGGCCCAGACAGCACAGUCCCUAAGGAAGAAUGCGAACGCAUCAUCCAAACCCUCCUCCAAAAGGUCUCCUAUAAGUACCCCAAGCUCGAGCAUCGCAGCGAUCUCAAGCCCAAACUCGAAAAUAACCUCCGCGCCCUAGGGCUAGGAGACGAUCUAAUCCAACGCCACAACGGCGCAGCCAUUAGCACCACUCUGCCAAUCACCGUUCUAACCGGCGACCUCGCUGCGGAGAUACGGGGUCCUCUUCACCGCUACGCGGGACAGCUCGUUAAAGGCGAGCAGCAUGAGCAUGUCCUUCUCAUAGCUAUGACUAGAUGGUUGGCUCAGCAUGCGAGAGAAUUCGGAGUGUUUGGCGGGAAUAUGCUCAUCAAGUCCACGGUGGAUUGUAUCUCGGCUAAGCACAUGCGGUUAGUUAGGAUUGUUGAUUAG